UCUUUAUUUAUUUAUUUAACUUGUUCUUCUUCUUCUCUUGAGCUCACACAAUUGGCAUAUCCUAAAUUCGAAUAAAUACAUAAAGAAAAAGAAUUCAUCCUUUCCCAUUCGAAACACAUCUCGUCGCGGGUGCAAAUUGAAAGGAAAUUAGGGUUAGGGUUCAAUUAUCUUCGCCCAGAAAAGAAAGGGGGAGAAAAAGUACGAAGAAGAGAAGAAGAAGAAGAAGAAGAAGAAGAAGCGUUCCUUUAUGAUAGAGAAGGCACCUUCGAUAAUCAUCGCGGUGUUAAUAUUGGUGGUGCAAUCCUCUGCAGCCUCGGUCCAAGGCAACAUCAUGAAGGUCCACCCUGUACCAAGAAAGCGCAACAUCUCAAUCCAAUUCGGCGUCGAUGGAGGGAACCCCAUGUCGGAGGCUCAGGCGCUGUUGGGGAUCGCCGGCAAGAAGCUCCGGCGACUCCCGCACGUGUUCAGCUGCGUCCUGGAGCUCCCCUUCCGCUCCGACGCCGACGUGGCGGUGGAGGAGGCCGCCGACUGCUUCCGCUUCGUGGCAGAGACCGAUGGAAUCGGCGACGUGAGGGCGCACACGGUGGAAAUCCACCCCGGCGUGACCAAGAUCGUGGUGAGGGAAGGCGGCUCGGUGGAGCUCUCGCUGGAUCAGCUCGAACUUGACAUGUGGAGGUUCCGGUUGCCGGAAUCCACGCGGCCGGAGCUCGCGAGCGCGGUGUUCGUCGACGGCGAGCUUAUUGUCACGGUGCCGAAGGGGCACGAGGAAGGCGAUGGGGAUGGUGAUAGAGGUAUGGGUGGUAGACUCGUCCUUGUACAGUGAUGAAUAAAUGAGUGAGUGAGUGAAUGAUUAAUUCUUUUGUUAAUGCCUUGUUGCUAUUGAAACCUGCCCCUAGUAUGUUGGUUAGAUUUUAGGUUCUUUUUGGAACUAGUUUCUCUGAAUGUUAUUGUUGCUAUUGUUGAAUCAUGAAGAGAAAUGUUCUAUAUGGAGAAAGCUUUAUUCUUCGCAAUGGAAAUUCCCGUAAAUAGGUAUAACUUAGGCGCUUUUCUUUUUCAAUUUUUAUUCAGUGUGUGUUCUUUGGUUUU